GGAUGAAGUGAUAUAAUGGCAUGGACUCUCGCUGAGGUGAGGGAAGAAGCCACGCCCCGCCUGCCCUUCCCCAUCGGCCUGGCUGACCUUGUGCCAUCCUCCUCUCCUCUCUCCCUUGGGGCCCAGCCCUUGGUGGUGGUGUCACCAACCCCGCCCCGAAGACUCCGCAGAGGAAAUGCAGCCCUUCCCAGCGUGCCGUUGGCCAGGUCCAAGCGCCUGCCGCCUCUUGCAUUUAAUCACACAGUUGGCCACAUAAAGCCAUCUGAACACAAUGACGUCAAGUUCAAUUGCUCCAUCAGCAUACCUAACACGUACCAGGACACCCAUAUUUCUUGGUGGAAAGAUGGGAAGGAACUGCUUGGGGCACAUCAUGCGGUUACGCACUUCUACCCCGACGAUGAAGUUACAGCAGUGAUCGCGUCCUUCAGCAUAAUGAGGGUGCAGCGGUCAGACAGCGGGGCGUACACCUGUAAGACGAACAUAAACAGCGAAGAGAUCGUGUCUGACCCCAUCUACGUCGAGGUACAAGGACUUCCUUACUUCACCAGGGAGCCCGAGAGCAUGAACGUCACCAGAAACACCGCCUUCAACCUCACCUGUCAGGCUGUGGGCCCGCCGGAGCCCGUCGGCAUUGUCUGGUUUCAAAACAGCAGCCGUGUGAGUGAACAGCCAGAAAGAUCCCCGUCUGUGCUGACUGUCCCUGGUCUGACCGAGACGGCGUUCUUCAGCUGUGAGGCCCACAAUGACAAGGGCCUGGCCGUGUCCAAGGGCAUUCAGGUCAACAUCAAAGUCCUUCCCUCCCCACCAGCUGAAGUCAGCAUCCACAACAGGAGCUCGCACGGUGUCCUGAUCUCCUGGGUCCUGGGCUUUGAUGGCUACUCCCCGUUCAGCGUCUGCAACAUUCAGGUCAAGGAAGUGGGUCCUCUGAGUAAUGGCUCCGUCAUGAAUUUUAACACCUCUGCUUCUCCACCUCUGUAUCAAGUCGAACAGCUGCGAGCUCUGGCUAACUACAGCAUCAGUGUGUCCUGCAGGAAUGAGAUUGGCUGGUCCGCCCGGAGCCCUUGGAUCCUGGCCAGCACGUCCGAAAAAGCCCCAUCGGUAUCACCUUUGAACGUCACUGUAUUUCUGAAUGAAUCUAGUAACAAGGUGGACGUCAGAUGGAUCGAGCCUCCAAUUGAGCGGCAGGAUGGGGACCUGGUGGGCUACUGGAUAUCUCACGUGUGGCAGAGUGCGGGUGCUUCCGAAGAGCUGUCUGAGGAAGUCGGCCAGGAUGGCAGCCAUGCUCAGAUCCCCGUUCACGUCCACAAUGCCACAUGCACAGUGAAGGUCGCCGCCAUCACCACAGGAGGGGUCGGGCCUUUCAGUGACCCCGUGAAAAUAUUCGUCCCUGCACACGGUUGGGUAGAUCUGGCCCCCUCGUCAGCUCCAACACCUGGCAGUACAGACCCCGUGCUCAUCAUCCUCGGCUGCUUCUGCGGAUUUAUCCUGAUUGGGCUGGUUUUGUAUGUUUCUCUGGCCAUCAGAAAAAGAGUCCAGGAGACGAGGUUUGGGAACGCCUUCACGGGCGAGGACGUGGAACUGGUGGUCAAUUACACAGCAAAGAAGUCCUUCAGUCGGCGAGCCAUCGAACUCACCCUAAGCAGCUUGGGCGUCAGCGAGGAGCUGCAGCGUAAGCUGGAAGAUGUUAUGAUUGACAGGAACCUUCUAAUUCUUGGAAAAAUUCUGGGUGAAGGAGAGUUCGGGUCUGUCAUGGAAGGAAGUCUUAGUCAACAGGAUGGAACUUCCGAGAAAGUGGCCGUGAAGACCAUGAAACUGGACAACUUCUCCCAGCGAGAGAUCGAGGAGUUCCUCAGCGAGGCUGCCUGCAUGAAAGACUUCAGCCACCCCAACGUCAUCCGGCUCCUAGGUGUGUGUAUAGAAAUGGGCUCUCAAGGCACCCCGAAGCCCAUGGUGAUUUUACCCUUCAUGAAAUACGGGGACCUACAUACCUACUUACUCUAUUCCCGACUGGAGACAGGAUCAAAGCACAUUCCCCUGCAGACACUGGUGAAGUUCAUGGUGGACAUUGCCCAGGGGAUGGAAUAUUUGAGCAACAGGAAUUUCCUCCAUCGAGACUUAGCUGCUCGAAACUGCAUGUUGCGAGAUGACAUGACUGUGUGUGUGGCGGACUUCGGCCUCUCUAAGAAGAUUUACAGCGGUGAUUACUACCGCCAAGGCCGCAUCGCCAAGAUGCCGGUGAAGUGGAUCGCCAUCGAGAGCCUUGCGGACCGAGUCUACACCAGUAAAAGUGACGUGUGGGCAUUUGGCGUGACCAUGUGGGAAAUUGCAACUCGGGGGAUGACGCCCUACCCUGGAGUCCAGAACCAUGAGAUGUACGACUAUCUCCUCCACGGCCACAGGCUGAAGCAGCCAGAGGACUGCCUGGACGAACUGUAUGAAAUAAUGCACUCCUGCUGGAGGGCUGAGCCCUUGGACCGACCCACCUUCUCCAUGUUGAGGCUGCAGCUAGAAAAGUUCUUGGAAAGUUUGCCGGAAGCGCAGGACAAAGCCGAGGUCGUUUACAUCAACACACCGUUUGCAGAGAGCUGCGAGGGCCUGGCAGAGGGCCCCCCACUCGCUCAGCUGGACAUGGACAUCGACCCCGACUCUAUCAUUGCUGCCUGCGCGAGCAGCGCUGCUGUCAGCGUGGUCACAGCCCAAGUCCAUGAGAACGGACCUCUCGAGGGAAGGUACAUUCUAAACGGGGGCAGUGAGAACUGGGAAGACGUGGCUCCCGCCGCCGCCGCAGCAGGGACAGCGGGAAAGAACGGUGUUUUACGGGAGGACAGGCCUGUGAGGAGCGGGGUCUCCUGGUCCCAGUCCAGCACGCUGCCCUUGGGGAGCCUGCCGCCAGAUGAACUUUUGUUCGCAGAUGACUCCUCGGAAGACUCGGCAGUCCUUGUGUGAGGAGAGCCGAGACGUUCCCAAACCAGGGAGGUAGACAGACCCCUCUGCCUUAGAGACCCAGGUACGCCCCAAGUUUCCGGUAUCCGUCUUCCUGCCACCGCCCGCAAGCACCAGAGAAUGUUGUUCAGUCCGUCAUUAAAAAUGCAUUAAUAUAUAUUUAUUUAAAUAGAAAAAUAUAUGUGUAUAUGGUGGAAAGAGACCUAGAUUUUAUAUUUUAAUAAAAGAUGACUUAUUUUCUGUCACUUACCUUGCAGAUUUUAAAAUUUUAGGCUUUAACAGCCUCAUCUCUACAGCUGCUCCUUGAUGUUAACAUUUGCACAGUUGUUUUCAUUUUCCCUGUUAAAUGUAAAAAUAUUCAUAAAAUGAAAUUGCUUGACUUUGCUUCUGGUCUUAUGAAGAAUCCAAUCCUCCCCCGAAUCACCUGUUUGAUAAGAAUGACCUUUUGAUAUGUAAAGUUUUAUAACUGAUUCUUUGAUAUAACUUCCUAAUAAAAUAUGAAUGAGGAAGGA